UUGUAUGUAUGAUUAGGUGGACAUCCCCGACCUUUCACAAAUGUGACAAAAUGCUGCCUAUAGUGUCAAACACACAAUAACCGUCCUUGGGUCAUUUGGAAAGAAAAGGUAAAUAUGGAAUCAAAAAAGAUUUUAUCCUGGACUGAAAAAAAGGCUUUGAAACGAAAAAGACUUGAAGAAAAGUUGGACAAAGAUAUUAAACAGAAGAAAAAAAGAGACCAACUUGUAAAAGAACAAGAAGAAAGAGUGAACUCUAGAGAUUUGAAUCUAUCAAGUAGUGGCCGACAUUAUACCAUCUCACUAGCAUUACCAGGCUCUAUUUUAGAAAAUGCACAGUCUCGUGAACUACGAACAUAUUUGGCUGGACAGAUAGCCAGAGCAGCAGUUGUAUUUAAUGUGGAUGAAAUAGUUAUUUUUGAUGAGUCUGGUGCAGGUUUAAGUGAAAAAGAUAGUUAUGACAAUUCUAGACUUAAAAAAGGCAAAGGAAAUGUUCAGAUGGCAAGAAUUCUUCAAUUUUUAGAAUGUCCUCAGUACUUACGUAAAAACUUUUUUCCUAUGCAUGAAGACUUGAAAUAUGCAGGGUUAUUGAAUCCAUUGGAUAGUCCACAUCAUAUGAGGGCAUCUGAUGUUGUAGAAUAUCGAGAAGGUGUGGUAUUAGAUAAACCUCCAAAAUCUGGAAAAUCUUUUGUUAAUGUUGGAUUAUAUCAAAGAGAUGUAUUAAUAGAUAGACAGCUAGAAGCAGGUGUUCGUGUAACUAUACAGUUAGAUUUAAAUACGUCUGAUGAAAAACUAAUAAAAGGUAAAGUUGUGUCUCCAUCUACACCUAGAAUAGAAUCUGGGCUUUACUGGGGUUAUAAUUUACGUCUAGCAGCCAAUCUGUCAUCAGUUUUAACACAAUGUCCACAUAAAGGCGGUUAUGAUUUAACUAUUGGAACUUCAGAAAGAGGAGAUUCGGUUGAUGAUUUUGAACCGCCUACGUUUAAGCAUGGUAUUAUUGUCUUUGGAGGAGUUCAAGGUUUAGAAACUAGUCUAGCAGCUGACAGUACACUCAACAUUGAUGAUCCUUCAUUAUUAUUUCAACAUUAUCUCAACACAUGUCCUAAUCAAGGCUCUAGAACAAUUAGAACAGAGGAGGCCAUCUUGAUAACCAUGUCAGCUCUGAGACCAAAACUUAUAUCAUCAGGUUUUAAACCAGAACGCUCUUGACCAAUAAAACUUUUAAAUAUUAA